CGGCUCUCCCCUUGCCCACCCGGCGCGAUGGCGGCUGCGACGGCGGCGGGAGCAGCCGCCGCGGCCGCCGCCGUAUCCCUCCUCGCGUGCUAUCUCCUCCUGCACAGGACGGGGGCCGGGCCCACGAGGACCUCCCGCUCGAGCGGCCGGCGGGCGAGGCGGAAGGGCCUCCUGGAGGCCAUCGGCAACACUCCCCUCAUCCGCAUCAACAGCCUCUCCGACGCCACGGGGUGCGAGAUCCUGGGGAAGGCCGAGUUCCUAAAUCCUGGAGGGAGCGUGAAGGACCGUGUGGCAGUAAAGAUAAUCGAAGAGGCUCUUGAAUCUGGUGAUCUUCUCUGUGGUGGCACAGUAACAGAGGGGAGUGCUGGAAGCACAGCUAUUAGCUUGGCCACUGUUGCUCCUGCCUAUGGUUGUAAAUGCCACGUCGUUAUUCCCGAUGAUGCUGCCAUUGAGAAGUCUCAAAUAAUUGAGGCACUUGGGGCUACUGUCGAACGAGUGCGCCCUGUUUCAAUUACAAAUAAGGACCAUUUUGUCAAUAUUGCUAGAAGAAGGGCUUUAGAAGCAAACAAAUCAGCAGUGGCCCAGAGAGAGUCAAGCGAAAAAGGAACUAAUGGUUCAGCGCAUGUCCAUGCUAGAAUGUCACACAGCAAGAUAACAGCAACCCAAGGGGAGUCAAACAAGACACUAACUAAUGGUUCAGCACAUACCGAUUAUGAAAUACAACACAAUAGGAAAUGCGAUCAUGACUCUGAUUCAAAAGGAGGUUUCUUUGCUGACCAAUUUGAGAAUCUGGCAAACUACCGAGCCCAUUAUGAAUGGACUGGUCCUGAGAUAUGGCAGCAAACUAAAGGGACACUGCAUGCCUUUGUUGCUGCAGCUGGCACUGGUGGCACAAUUGCUGGAGUCUCACGAUAUCUUAAGGAAAAGAAUACAAACAUCAAAUGCUUUUUAAUGGACCCACCUGGGUCUGGUCUGUUCAAUAAGGUUACUAGAGGGGUGAUGUACACAAAAGAGGAGGCGGAGGGCAAAAGGCUGAAGAAUCCUUUUGACACUAUUACUGAAGGAAUUGGAAUCAACAGGGUUACUAAAAACUUUAUGAUGGCAGAAUUGGACGGCGCUUACCGAGGAACAGAUAGGGAAGCUGUUGAGAUGUCGAGGUUCUUGUUGAAAAAUGAUGGACUAUUCGUUGGAAGUUCUUCAGCCAUGAAUUGUGUGGGGGCUGUAAGAGUUGCUCGAGAUUUAGGUCCAGGACAUACAGUUGUGACAAUUCUCUGUGACAGUGGGAUGAGGCAUCUAAGCAAGUUCUUCAAUGACCAAUAUUUGGCUAACCAUGCCUUGACACCAACAGCUACUGGUCUGGAAUUUCUUGAUCAAUGAGAAAAUUUCACAGGGAACAUACAGUUUCAGCAAUUUUUUCAUGCUGUUAUGUUGCCCCUGGUAGGUGGUGAAACACCGAUGAGCUGGAACAUAUCCAGCUGCUUGCAUCUAGUUGGCUUGGUGCAAAAUUUUUGAUGUGCCUCUUUUAAGUUAUCCUUGAAUGACGUUGUGGUGUAUUUUAAUUAGUUGGCAUCGCCAUUUGAUGGGUGCUGGGAUAGCCAACCCUGCAUUUCUUAUAGUUUUGACACUUUUCAUUAGGUUGUAUUCAGUAAAGCUGUAAAAGGAUGGUUUCCUAAUGGAUCUUAUAUUAGCGUUUUUUUUUGUUAGGAUAGUAGGAAUUUGUUCUGGAGAUUAUUUAUUCUUCUGAAAUCCAUGUGUUGUACACUGG